GAUGUUCGAUGUUUUAACGCUCAAUUAAAUAUUAAGACGGCUUGGAAGGACAAAGUAAACAGCAAAAUCUUGCCGUCGAAAAAGAGAUAAAACUGUAGACCUGAUCAGCGAUAAUUGCUUAAAAUCAAGGUAACGUAAAACACAGCAACAACCUUAGUAUUACGGGGAUUUUGUUUUGUGCUAUGUUUGUUCAACAAAAUUAUUGAAUAUUCAAUUAUACGAAAAUACGGGCCUCCACCUUCCUUCAGUCUUUCUCGGCUUUCUUGAAUAAAUUAUCGCUUACUUUAAAUUGAAAAGCCGCAGAAUUUUGCGUUCGAUAGCACGCGCUAAACUGCUUCAUAGACGCAUAACAACACGACGAGGUUAACAGAAUAAAAAGAAUUUAUUUUUGCAUGAUUCUUUAAUGGAGAAAGACAAUAAUUAUUUGAGUUGGUUCAUGUGGAAGUUGCUUGGGGCAGCUGUCAGAGCUGCAAUGUACAAGCAGGUAUUUUCUGUUCUCUGAUUGGUCGCCAGCGUGCGCGGGGGCUUCUAUUUUGAUUCCUUGUGAAUUUCUUUCGAACUGAUUUGAAUUUCUCGCUCGCGCUGAUCUUUCAUGUCCUGACCUUAUGGAACGACAAAAAUCAUCCGUCCUGGCAAACAGUUCGGUAUAAUUUCUACUAUUCUGGCUUGUGAUGUCUUGAUGGCAGAUUUUCAAUCGCUUGUGACGCCUUGAUCUCUAAAAUUUGGCAAAACAAUUGCGACAAGCCAUGCCUAGGUCGUACAACAAAAUGGACGACACGAACCCAUUGGCGGCGAACGAAUCUCUGGAAAUGGCUUCUUAUAAUACUUUUGAUCCAGCGUACAAUGGAAUUUACAAGAAUUUUGACAAUGAUGAGGACAUGACUGGGGAGAGAGGUUGCUAUUUCAAAGAUGGCAAAAGGAGGAUUGACUUUGUUCUUGUCUACGAAGAAGGAGAAAAAGCACCUCCUCCCAAACAUCUUGAGCAAAGACAGAAGUUCCUGGAAAACUUAGCCAAAUCUCAGCUGGAAUUUGAAGAGGAGGUGACUCAAGACAAGAAAGUCAAAUUGCAUUUCAUCAAGUGCCAUGCUCCCUGGGAAGUCCUUUUGUUUUAUGCGGAAGAAUUGAACUUCAGAGCGCCCUUAGAGCUUCGUACAACUAAAAAGGUAAACUGGUCUGAGAGAAUCCUUGAGCAAUUGCAUUUACCAAACAUUUUCAAGGAUGAUGUACCAGGCACGCCCAAUGACUAUUUCACUUGUACAUUUCAAGCAAACAAACUCAACAAGUUUAUUGGCCAUGAAGAUCCAGAGACUUACUUUACAGAAACAGAAAGAACAAGAGUGGUGUAUGAAAUCAUGGAAACUGCCCCAUUUGGCAAGCGACAGAAAGGAGAAAUUGGUAUCAAUCGCCUUGUUGAGGAAGGCAUUUUCACAGCUGGAUAUCCUCUUCAUCCAGGACCUGCUGAAUUACCAAAGGAGUGGAAAGAAGGGCCAGAUGGACCUGAAGAAAUAAAACUCAACAAAAGACAGAUACUCAAAGAGUACUGGGCACGAUGGGGCAAAUGGCUAAAAUAUCAACCUCUGGAUCAUAUCAGAGAAUACUUUGGAGAAAAGAUUGGUAUAUACUUUGCUUGGCUAGGUCAAUACACUGCAUGGCUUCUUAUGCCAUCAUUUGUUGGCCUGCUGGUGUUUCUGUAUGGUGUUGUGACUAUGAAUGGACCUGACAACAGACCUGCACUGGAUGUGUGUGACAGCCCUCCAGAAACCUACAUGAUGUGUCCCUUGUGUGAUGAGUCCCUUGGCUGCCAUCCAGUUGACCUUCAUGGCAGCUGUAUGCUGGGCAAGGUUUCGUACUUGUUUGACAAUGCAGCCACAGUUUUCUUUGCCAUAUUUGUCUCCUUCUGGGCUGUGUUUUUCUUGGAGUUCUGGAAAAGAAAGGAAAUAACUUUGGCAUAUCACUGGGAUGUACUGGAAUAUGAGGAAGAGGAGGAACGUCCACGGCCAACAUUUGCAGCUUUAGCGCCAACAGUAGAACGAAACCCAGUGACAGGAAUAUUAGAACCACACUUUCCUGAUGAAAAGAGGCAACCUCGAGUCUUCUCAGGAAUAGCUAUUGUUAUCACUAUGGUUUCGCUAGUGUUGGUGUUCAUGGUGGGAGUGAUUGUCUAUAAGCUGCUGGUUUACCGACCACUGGCGUCCAAUCCAUCGACUCGAGCGCGGGCUCAACAAAUUGCUAACGUGACUGGUGCCUUUGUUAACUUGACCAUUAUUAUGAUCCUCAGCAGGGUGUACGAAAGAGUUGCCUUGGCACUGACUCACUGGGAAAUGCAUCGAACACAGACUGAGUACGAGGACAGUUUGACAUUCAAAGUGUUCGUAUUUCAGUUCGUCAAUUUCUACUCGUCUAUCUUCUACAUCGCCUUCUUCAAGGGAAAGUUGGUUGGUUACCCUGGACAUUACCGCAGACUGUUUGGACUCAGACAAGAAGAGUGUGCACCCAGUGGAUGUUUGAUGGAGCUUGCUCAGCAACUUGUCAUUAUCAUGGUCGGCAAACAAACCAUCAACAACGUGCAGGAGAUUGUUAUACCCAUGCUGAAACAAUGGAUUAAGAGAAAGAAGCGGGGUACAACCAAAGAAGAAAGCAAACCGCGCUGGGAGGCUGACUAUGAACUGGUGGAAAAUGAAGGACUCUUCCAAGAAUACUUGGAGAUGAUUCUCCAGUUCGGUUUCAUCACAAUCUUUGUGGCUGCAUUUCCUUUGGCUCCGUUCUUUGCGCUCGCCAACAACAUCUUUGAGAUCCGAAUUGACUCGGAUAAGUUCGUGUGUGAAGUGAGGCGGCCGAUCGCCGACCGAGCCCAAGACAUUGGAAUCUGGUUCGAUAUCUUGGACAGCGUCGCCAAAAUAGCCGUUAUCAGCAACGCCUUUCUUAUCGCCUUCACGUCGACUUUUUUGCCUAAAAUCCUGUAUCGCUUUGCGAUAUCAGAAGAUAAUUCGCUCAAUGGCUACCUAAACUUCUCAUUGGCUUGGUCCCCGCCUAACACCACCGCUGUACCGUGCAGAUACCCGGAGUUUAGAGAUCGGGAAGGUCAUUUUACAGCGUUCUACUGGCAUCUGUUAGCACUUCGGCUUGGAUUUGUAAUCAUGUUUGAGCAUUUCGUCUUCUUUAUUUCUCGUUUGAUCGACUUGUUGGUGCCAGAUGUCCCACAAUCCCUUGAGAUCAAGAUCAAGCGUGAAGCGUAUCUCGCCAAACAAGCGCUGUCUGAUCAUCACAAUCUGAUGGGAGGAAAGAGUGACGGCGAAAGUGCCGACGAUUUAGAAGACGAUUAUAUACCUUGACUUGUUGGUGUUUGUGUGAGUUAGUGUAGAAAGGAAUUUGCAAGACCUGAGAAUGCGCACUACCUGAACAGCACACCAUGUGAAAGUUUCGUGACACCAUGUGACGUGACGUGACGUUACUUUAUAUGGCGUUACGCGACGAAACGUUAUGUAACGUUACGUUACGUGACGUUACGUUAUCUCAUAGUACUCGCGUGCUGUGUUUGAGCUUGACGUGUCGUCAGCUUUUACAACUGCUGACCAAACAUCUAUUUUCUCACUUGUUAUUCUCAGAUCUUGCAAUAUUCCCGUGUGUUGUAAUAGUGACUAGAUUUUGGUUAAAAGCAGACACCGCGCCAUAUACUUUUUAUUUUUGUGGUUCGCAGCAAGUAAAAGUAGGUAUUAAAGGUGAGUCAAUUGAUAUUAAGCCUGGGAAAUCACUGUGUUGUUGGUGGUUAAUAUUUAAUCUUAAUUCAGAUCAAAAGUUGCAAAAAUGUUUCAAAAACGAAUUCAAUGGAAUAAGUAAUCUGGUGUGGUGUGGUUUGAAAAAAUAUGGUUUUUUUUGUUUUCACACAGCCACAGCCACACUGAAGUUUUGCAGAUCUAUGAAAGUUCGAAAAUUUCUUGAUAUUUAUGUUUGUUUUUUUCUUUUUCACUGUAAAGUUAUAUUUAUUAUGGUAUGUAUUUUACAUUUUGGCAAAAAAGUCUGACUGUUGAAGACCCUCAAUGUGUCAUAAACUGUCUGGCUUGGUUUAAUGUAUUCAUAAUUUAUUAAACCCACCAGAAAUGUCGAAAUUAACGAGGAAUGACAAAGACUAUUCAGAUUCACAUUUUACGAUUACUAUGAAAUAAAAUUAUAAUGCAAAUUCUUAGAUUCGUAGAUCUUAUUAUCAAAACAACCUGAUGGAAAUGUAUAUGUCGUGAUUGAGUUGUGUGAACGAUUGAUUCUGAGGUCAUAAUAUAUUAUUUGUUUUAACAAUGCAAUUAUUGUUAACGUCCUGUGAGGGGGACAAGUUGAGGCAACUUAUUUUGCCAUUAUAUUGAUAAUAUACUGGUUAAUUUUGACGUGGAAUGUCAAGGUAGCUGGAAUCGUCGACUGGAAGUGUUGGAUAAUGAAAGAUAUCUUUUAAGACUAAAGGGUUAGGUUAAGCUAUUAUAAACGAUUCUACAAGUAAACUUGUUCGUUGUAAUUUUGACGUUGACAACUCAUAAUGAGACAAGAUAAGAAAGAAUACCAAGAAUAGGCUAUUUCUUAGUUACUUAUCGCCUCUUUUUCAAAACGAGUCCGUGCGAAACUGUUUACAAAGAAAAUUAGUCAUUUCCAUAUGAAUGGCUUCGUGCGAAGAUUCUUUUUGGCACAGAUGCAGUAAGGCAUCUCGGAAAUUCCAAAAGGCGUGACUGAGGAAGACAAUUUACGUUGUGUUACUGAAGAAUUGCGUGACAUAAUGUGAAAGAAUCGACAUAAUAGCGUGACCUACCCUUUAAGACGUUCAAGUUAUCUUCAGUAUAUUUAUGAAUUUUUUUUUAUUCAACAUCAUUUAUUUGGGGCGAUUUAUUUUAUUAUAUAAAAAAUUAAUUUACUGCUCACUAUAGUCGGAGAGCAUGCAAGGCCUUUGGGAAAUUUGGUUUUGCUUUUCUUUUUCCAAGAAAAAAUUUAUCAAAAUUAUUUAUUAUUAUUAUGUUUCGUGGUGUUUGUGUUGGCGAGGCUACAGUGUAUAGUUAUUAUAGAAUUAAUUAUGUCAUUGCCUAAAUUUGAAUCUUGGUGACGUCAGGUGAAUGAUCUUGGUUGUUUAGUUCGGGUCAGUUAUUCCAAUAUUUGUACAGUGUUUGUUCUAAGGCCCCGUCGGCACUACGCCGGAGAAAUUCGAAAACGCAGCGUUAUUUCUACUGUUAGACCUACCAUCCACACUAAUCCGUCACG